GUAACCGUGAAAAUGUUCUUUCAGAGUAAAGUUGACCCGGCUUAAGAAUAUUAGGUGCUGUUCUUAUCGAAAUGGCUCCAAAUUCUACCGGAGCUAAAAAAGGUGCAAGUUUUCCGAGCAUGUUUCUCGGCGAAAAUCUUCGCAUCACUGUCGCAGCUAAUCAGGGCGGCCGCAAAUAUAUGGAAGACCGGGUGCAUAUCGAAACUAUAAGGAACGAGGAUGGAUCUAUCAAAUUUACUUUUUUCGGCAUAUUCGAUGGUCACGGUGGGCAUGAGGCUAGCGAAUAUGUCAGGAAAAAUCUCUUGAACAAUAUAAUGAAGAGCGAUCUUUUUGAUUCGGACGAUGACGAUGAUGUGCUGGAAGCGAUACGAUUAGGAUUUCUUAGUACACACCACGGAAUCUGGAAAAUAGUUUCAGAAUGGCCGCGUACGGCCUCGGGUUACCCUAGUACGGCGGGUACGACUGUCAGUAUAGCGAUAGUACGAAAAGGAAAGCUCUUUACUGGUCAUGUCGGCGAUUCUGCUAUAAUCUUGCUGAAGCGGUCAUACCUUCAAGACAACUCCGAAGAUCUUGUACCUCAUAGACUGACUGUCGACCACAAGCCGGAAAGUGAGGAUGAGCAAGCCAGAAUCCGAGGAGCAGGAGGAUCGGUCGCUUUGAAAAGCGGCGUUGCAAGAGUCGUAUGGACACGUCCCAUGAAGCAGCACACUGGUCCAAUUAGAAGAAGUACUCCGACGGAAAGCAUACCAUUUCUUGCUGUAGCACGGAGUUUAGGUGAUGUGUGGUCGUAUUGUGAGGACACACAAGAAUUCAUCGUCUCCCCCGAACCUGAUCUGGCUGUAAGGGAAAUUACCGGUGAUGACGUAUGCUUGGUACUUGCGUCGGAUGGUUUGACAAACGUUCUUGGACCAGUGCAGGUGGCAGCCAUCGUCGACGAAGAAGAAAAUGUCUCUCAGAUAGGAGUUGAUCGAAGUGAAGAUUUAGUUUACCGCGACAAACACACAAAUUUGGCACGGGUACUUGUGGCAAAUGCAAUUCGAAAUUGGCGGCAUCUGAGAGCUGACAAUGUCACUGCAAUAACUGUCAUGUUUGAUUCACCUUACGCCGACCUGCCUGUGGACCACCCUUGUGUGGAGGAAUUCAUUGGAAACAAAUGCUCGAUUGAUAAAGUGUUCGUGGACGAUCCAGAAUGUAUGGUUAGGGUCUCACCAUCAACAACACUGAAACUGUACACUUAUCGCACUCCUAUUGUUUACAAGGGUGCUCGCGAUCCGCAUUUCUCAGUUGUUGAGUACACUGGGCCAGGAUUUAUGACACAUACGGAGGAACGUCUUCUUGAGGAGCGGUACUGCAAAGCGUACCAAGAGGCACAACAAGAUGAUAGCUCGAACAAACUCGAACUAGAAUUUUCGACAGCUGACUGUGAGAAAUUCGAUGUGAAUGUUGUGCCUACCCGCACCUCAGGACAUCAUGAAGAGGAGGCGGUCACUAUUACUUCCAAGAUGCAAACAUCUUCGGAAGUUGGUUCUGUCGAUGAAGAUGGCACAGACGAGGAAGAGGAAAAAUGCUCUUCAAAUGAUGCAAAUGCCACUACUUCACCUUUGGGGUCUGAUGUCCGCAAUGAAGAAGGUCGUAAUGGACGAAAGAAGCGCGUAACUAGAUCUUUAUCAAGAUUGUCCAAUAUGGACAGUGUUACACCAUCUCGCAUCACCACUGGUAUGACGCUUCGGCAUACAGAAGGAAUUGUCAUCAAACGAGGGCCUUGUCGAUCACCAUGUGUCAAAAUGGAGGAUAAGGUUCUCACUCCAUCGGGUCCGGUCGACAUCAAGAUACACGUUGCGAGCUCUUUGACUCCAACUUUUGGAAUGAUCACCAGAUCCCGCGAGCGUAAUGCAACCACUUUGUUGGUCGAUGUAAGAACGCCAACGCUGAGAAAUGGGCCAAAAAGCGAUGUGACUCCUCAACUUCGCAACAUCAUCAAUGAUGGUGGCUCUUUGGCCACACCAUUGACGGGCAGCAGGAAGAGGUCUCAUCGUUUGAUAGCCGAGUCAUCUGGAAUAACUCCUGUUGUACACCGCCUGAGCCUGGAUAUACCACGCAGAAAUUCUGAAGAAUUUGAUAGCAGUUUGACUGCAGUCCCAGGAAAAGUUAGAAGCGCACCAUCGACUCCCUCCAAGGCUACGAGUAGUGCAUCACGACUAGGCAGACGACCAGACGGCGAAUUUGGAAUUAGGGGAGCCACCAUCCAAGAUGCGGCGGAUAUAUGGCUUCAUGCGACGUCUUGUCGGAUUCGGUAUAGGGAGUGGACAGUAACUUCUGGACGGAAGCUCAUCGGUGAUUUCAACUCGAUUGCCUUCAAGGAAUAAGCGUAAUUAGGACAAUCUUAUUGUACCAAUGAUAUCAUUUUUUCACUUUAUCUAUGUAGAGAGCGCCAUCGAAGCCCGCUCAGAUUUUAAUCACGAUCUCAGUUUUCGUAUAAUCCUUUCAACUGUUUCCUUUCUACUUUACUCUUCCUUUCUUUUUGAUUUUUAAUCUCAUCUCUUUGUUGAAGUCUUUCGAGACAUAUUUCCGCUUAGCACUGCAAGUGCUUAGCAUCUCAGAGAUAGGUGUGCUUUUGGGCCUGUGUUGAUUGUAGUAAUUGUUGAAUGAUGCAUGUUUGUUUGUAGUUAGAGCCAGGUCUAUACAGAGGUUUCCGUCAAACGUGUACGCUCUUCCACACCGCUCAUUCCUCUUUCAUCCUAUGAAACGAUUAUCGCUGAGGAUUAUUUAUAGGGAAAAAGUUUGUGGCUCUUACCGUAUAUAGCUGGUUGAUUGAUGUAUUUUUCUUAUUUGUUUGAACUACUUGUAACUUGUAAAGUAAUCAUAAAAUUUU